AUGACGAGUUUCUUCUUCUUCUUCUUCUUCUUCUUCUUCUUCUUCUUCUUUCAUUCCUUCCUUCCUAUCUCCUUCCCCUCCUCUUCUUCUUCUUCUUCUUCUUUCAUUCCUUCCUUCCUAUCUCCUUCCCCUCCUCUUCUUCUUCUUUCAUUCCUUCCUUCCUAUCUCCUUCCCCUCCUCUUCUUCUUUCAUUCCUUGUUAUCUCCUUCCCCUCCCUCUUCUUUCUUCUUCUUCAUUCCUUCCUUCCUAUUCCUUCCCCUCCCUCCUUCUUCUUUCUUUUUUUCAUUCCUUCCUUUAGAUAAAUCUCUUCCCUUUCUUCUUUUUCUUCUUUUUUUUCCUUCCUUCCUAUCUUCCUUCCCCUCCUCUUCUUCUUCUUCUUCUUCAUCAUUCCUUCUAUUUUCUUCUUCUUCUUCUUUCAUUCCUUCCUUCCUAUCUCCUUCCCCUCCUCUUCUUCUUCUUCUUCUUCUUUCUUCCUUCCUUCUCUCCUUUCCUCUUCUUUCAUUUCCUUCCUUCCUAUCUCCUUCCCCCUCCUCUUCUUCUUCUUUUCCUUCCUUCUUCUUCAUUCCUUCCUUCCCUAUCUUCCUUCCUUUCCCUUCCUCUUCUUCUUCUUUUCAUUCCUUCCUUCCUAUCUCCUUCCCCUUCCUCUUCUUCUCCUUCUUCUUCUUCUUUCAUUCCUUCCUUCCUAUCUUCUCCCCUUCUUCCUUCUUCUUUCAUUCUUCCUUCCUAUCUUUCUUUCUUCUUCUUUUCAUUCCUUCCUUCCUAUCUUCUUCUUUUUCUUUCAUUCCUUCCUUCCUUCUCCUUUUUCAUUCUUCUUCUUUUCAUUCCUUCCUUUCUCCUUCCCUUUUCCUCUUCUUCUUCUUUCAUUCCUUCCUUCCUAUCUCCUUCCCCCCUCUUCUUCUUCUUCUUCUUUCAUUCCUUCCUUCCCUUAUCUCCUUUCCCAUUCCUUCCCUUCCUCUUCUUCUUCUUCUUCUUCUUUUCAUUCCUUCCUUCCUUCCUUCCUAUCUCCUUCCCCUCCCCUUCUUCUUCUUCUUCUUUCAUUCCUUCCUUCCUAUCUCCUCCCCUCCUCUUCUUCUUUUUCAUUCCUUCUUCCUAUUCCUUCUUCCUCCUCUUCUUCCUUUUCAUUCCUUCCUUCCCUAUCUCCUUCCUCCUUCUUCUUUUCUUCUUCUUUCAUUCCUUCCUUCCUAUCUCCUUCCCUCCUCUUCUUCUUCUUCUUCUUUCAUUUCCUUCCUCUUCCUUCCUAUCUCCUUCUUCUUCUUCUUUCAUUCCCUUCCCUCUUCUUCUUCUUCUUUCAUUCCUUCCUUCCUAUCUCCUUCCCCUCCUCUUCUUCUUCUUCUUUCAUUCCUUCCUUCCUAUCUCCUUCCCCUCCUCUUCUUCUUCUUCUUUCAUUCCUUCCUUCCUAUCUCCUUCUUCUUCUUUUUCUUCUUUCUUUCAUUCUUCUUCCUAUUUCAUUCCUUCCUUCUUCUUCUUCUUCAUUCCUUCCUUCCUAUUCCUUCCCCUCCUCUUCUUCUUCUUUUCUUUCAUUCCUUCCUUCCUAUUCCUUCAUUCCUUCCUUCCUAUUUUUCAUCCACUUCCUUCCUAUUUCUUCUUUUCUUCUUUCAUUCCUUCCUUCCUAUCUCCUUCUUCUUUCCCUCCUCUUCUUCUUCUUCUUCUUUCAUUCCUUCCUUCCUAUCCUUCCCAUCUCCUUCCCCCUUCCUACUAAUUCUUUCAUUCCUUCCUUCCUAUUCCCUUCUUCUUUUCAUUCCUUCCUUCCUAUCUCCUUCCCCUCCUCUUCUUUCUUCUUUCAUUCCUUCCUUCCUAUCUCCUUCCCUCCUCUUCUUCUUCUUCUUUCAUUCUUCCUUCUAUUCCUCCUUCCUAUCCUUCCUAUCUCCUUCCCCUCUUCUUCCUUCCUCCUCCUCUUCUUCCUCCUUCUCUUCAUCCUUUCAUUCUUUUCUAUUUCUUCUUGAGAACGAGCCUGAACCAGAUGGCCCUAUAGUUGUGGACCAGAGGUUCAAUUAG